AUGUUGCGCAAAUUAUAUGAUGAAGAACAAAUAGAGGAAGAUAAAUUUGAAGAAGAGGAGGAAGAAGAUUCCGGUCCCAUCUACGACACCGAUGGAGAAGGGGAAUUUUGUGAAAGAAUAAAUUUCUUGGUUGAAGAGGAAUUUAUUGAAGAAAUUGAAGAAGAAACUAAUUUCGUGAUCGGAGAUGAAUUUGUUGAAGCAAUUGUGGAAGAAAUCAAUUUUGUUGAUAUGGACAAAAUUGUUGAAGAAAUUGUGAUUUUUGUUGAACAACAAAUUUCAUUCCAAGAGCUUACAACCACGAGAGCAAAUGACUAUAAGUGUCACAAAAAUUCAGGUUCUCAUAUGUUUUAUGAACAUAAUUUCUUUUCUAAAGAUCUUAAAGAAAUCCAAAUUGGAAGCUUCAUUGAUCAAGAAGGUUUAUUCGUUUUUCAUCUUCAUUUUCGUUUCAAAGUGUGGGAGAUUUUUACACUUUGGAGGCCAUGGAAUGCUUAUAUUUUGCAUUUUGAAGGCCUUGGUGAGAGGUUUGAUUUUACUAAUUAUGAUCUUAAUAAUGAUGUUUUUGUUUUGUCUUCGUUCAUUGAUCAAAAGGAGAAAAAAGACUUGUGUAUUACUUUUGAUAAAAAGUUUUGUGCAAUUAGAGAUGGAGACUUUUCAUUCAUGGCUCAAAAACAGCAAGACCAAUUAUUUUUGGAUGAUGGCAGAAUUUUGUACCCUUCAAAAGACAUUAUGAUGAUUUCCAAAAAAAUAUGUGUUCAUGGUGGUAUCAAUCAGUCACCAAAAGAGGCAUUGCGUGGCAAUUCUUAUGCCCAUUUUCUAUGUUGUCCACAAACAAAACAUAUUUUCAUUAAUUCUUCAUUCAUUGUUCAAAAACACCAAGACCAAUGGCGUGAAGUUUGUUGGGAACGAAAGAAGAAGGAUGGUAUCCAUCUUUUUACAAACCAUCUUUCUAAGAGAAAAUCUGAAGAUGCAAGUCCCAUGACAGAGGAAUUUAUUGAAGAAAUUGAAGAAGAAACUAAUUUCGUGAUCGGAGAUGAAUUUGUUGAAGCAAUUGUGGAAGAAAUCAAUUUUGUUGAUAUGGACAAAAUUGUUGAAGAAAUUGUGAUUUUUGUUGAACAACAAAUUUCAUUCCAAGAGCUUACAACCACGAGAACAAAUGACUAUAAGUGUCACAAAAAUUCAGGUUCUCAUAUCUUUUAUGAACAUAAUUUCUUUUCUAAAGAUCUUAAAGAAAUCCAAAUUGGAAGCUUCAUUGAUCAAGAAGGUUUAUUCGUUUUUCAUCUUCAUUUUCGUUUCAAAGUGUGGGAGAUUUUUACACUUUGGAGGCCAUGGAAUGCUUAUAUUUUGCAUUUUGAAGGCCUUGGUGAGAGGUUUGAUUUUACUAAUUAUGAUCUUAAUAAUGAUGUUUUUGUUUUGUCUUCGUUCAUUGAUCAAAGGAGAAAAAAAGACUUGUGUAUUACUUUUGAUAAAAAGUUUUGUGCAAUUAGAGAUGGAGACUUUUCAUUCAUGGCCUCAAAAACAGCAAGACAAUUAUUUUGGAUGAUGGCAGAAUUUUGUACCCUUCAAAAGACAUUAUGA